GUCUCCACCAAUACCCAGAAGGUUGCAGCUGCAUGGAAACAGAACUAGAAUGUGUUGCUGUUAAUUUGAAGUCUGUUCCACUUGUUUCAAGUAAUGUAACCCUCCUUUAUGAAUUACUUCUAGGUCACUCACACAACCAGAUCCAUUCUCUUCCAGAUGACAUUUUCAGCAAGUGUACAAAGGUAAAGAAAAUAUUUCCACAACACAAUUGCAUUCAGACAAUAUCAAGGAAAGCAUUCUCUGGACUACGCAAACUUCAGAAACUGUAUCUCAGUCAUAAAUGUAUCACUACUUUGAAACCUGGGGUACUCAGAGAUCUAGACAAAUUGAAAUGGCUAAUUCUAGAUUAUAACCCAAUAGUGAAAACACAGCAGUUAUUUACUGGGCUAAAGUCUUCAAUUUUUACAUCAAUGAUAAACAAUUCACUUGAGUCUCUUCCCAAGAUCUGUACUCAAAUGCCUCUUAUUAACUUGAUGGAUUUUGAAGGCAAUCAUAUUAAGGCCUUAACUAAUCCCACCUUCCUGGAAUGUGAUGCGCUCACUGUAUUCUAAGUAAAAGAGGAUCAGUCCAGCAACAUGAUUACAAAAUUGCAAUGUUAUAUUUUUAUAGACAUGAAGUAUUUACAAAAGCUCAAUCUGUCUUUCAAUCCACUUUCUUACCUCUCUGAUUGCUUUGAAAGUCUUCAGCAGCUUCAGUCACUGUACCUGGAAAUGAUUGAGAUUCUAAAUAUAAAUGGAGGAAUGUUUCAACAUAUGAGGAACCUCUCCCACAAUUUCACUUAUUUAUUCUAAGGACUCCACGUGUGACUAUGCACAUCAUUAACAGAUGGGAUUUCAUCAUUUGAAGACCUCUUAGCUAACAAUGUUCUGAGAGUAUUUGUGUGGAUCAUAGCUUGUACUACAUGUUUUGGAAAUCUUAUCAGAAUGAGAUCAUCUAUCAAAGCAGAAAACGAGACGCACGCCAUGUCUAUAAAAAUUUUCUAAGUAUGUGCUGAUUGUCUUGUGGGGGUGUACUUGUUCUUCACUGGAGUUUCUUAUGUUAAAUACCAUGGACAGUAUAAACAAUACACUGUGUUAAGGAUGGAAAGUUUACCAUGCAAUAUCAUGGGGUUCAUUGACAUGCCGUCUACAGACAUGUUGUUGACAUAUCUGACCUUGGAAAAGUAUUUAGUGAUUUGUUUCCCUUCAGAUAUCCACCCUCGAAACCAGCAGACAGUAGUGAUUCUUACAUCCAUAUGGAUUGCUGGGUUUGUCAUAGCAAUAAUUCCAUUCUAGGAUGAGGACGUUUUUGGAAAUUACUAUGAAAAUGGAGUUUGUUUCCCAUUGAAUUCUGAUCAAAGAGACAAAACUGGAGGCAACAGGUAUUCCCUUGGUAUUUUCACAGGUGUGAACCUGCUAGCCUCCAUCAUCAUAGUGUUUUUAGUCAGCAUGUUUUGUUCUGUUCAGAAAACUGCCCCUCAGACAUCAGAAGUAAAGAGUCAUAUUAGCAGGGAUGUUGCUGUUGCCAACUGAUUUUUUUUUAUAAUAUUCACUGAUGCCAUCUGCUGGAUUCCUGUCUUUGUCAUUGAAAUCCUCUCCUUAUUCCAGAUGGAAAUUCCAGACACUGUCCCUUCCUGGAUAGUGAUAUUAAUUCUGCCAAUACACAGUGCCUUGAACCCCAUUCUCUCUACUCUCACAACUAGUUUCUUUAAGGAGAAGUUGAAGCAGUCACUGGACAGUCAUUGAAGGAGGGCAAUUCUCAAAAAUUACGAAAAAACUUUGGCCGCUUCAGUCAUGCUGACAGACAAUCCCCUCACCCAUAGCUUUUAA